GGAAUCGCUAUAGCAACGCACACCUUAAACACGCGACCAGCCAAUAAGGAAUGACCUCAUACCUUAAAGGUCAUAUCAAAUUUCCCUCUGUUGAUUUGAUUUGAAACGAAGAAAAUUUGCUAACAAAGAACAAAGGUUUAACAUCGUACAAAUUCAGAACUUUUGAAACAAAGCACAUCCUACAAAUUUUCAAAAUGAAAUCCUGUGAAGUUAGUGUGAUAAAAUAUGCGUUGUUUGUUUUUAAUUUCAUUUUUGCUAUUUCCGGAAUUGGUCUUAUAAUAGCUGGUUCCCUAAUUUUAUCAGAUAUGGAAGAAUUUAGCCAUUUUUUUGAAGGAAAAAUCAUUGCACCCGCUGUUGUACUGAUAGUGGCUGGUUGUAUUGUUUUCUUUAUUGCCUUCUUAGGUUGUUAUGGAGCAGUCAGGGAAUCUUACUAUAUGCUAAUUGGGUUCGCUGUAUGUCUUUUGGUCAUCUUUAUUAUCGAAUUUGCUGUGGGAAUAGCAGCUGCCACUUACAAGAGCCAGUUUCAAAGUAUUCUCAAAGAGGCAAUGGCGAAGUCAGUCGAUAAUUAUGAAACCAGUAAAUCUGAUAAAAUUGCUUGGGAUACGUUACAGUCGAAGUUGCAGUGUUGCGGAGUAGACUCUCCCACAGACUGGAAAAAACGACCGGCAUCAUGUUGUCAUGCAACCCGAGAAAACGCUCCGGAUCCAACACAAGAACAGUGUGGAAACGCCAAACCAGGAGAUGAAUUUCUUUAUUCUUAUGGAUGUUUCGACGAGCUUCAGAUGAAAGCUGAGAGUUCGUCUAAAGUUUUAAUUGGUGUUGGCAUAGGAGUAGCAUUUAUUGAGAUCAUUGGAAUUAUGUUAGCCCUUUGGAUGGCGUCUGCUAUAAAGGACAAAAAUUAAUAAAACCAUUUAUAGUAAGCACACUACAAAAUGUUGGAC